AUGGAGAUCUCUUCCCAUCAGUUUCACCUCCUCGAGCAGCUCAACGAGCAACGGAAGCAAGACUUGUUCUGCGACUGCAACAUCCUGGUGGAGGGAAAGGUCUUCAAAGCACAUCGCAAUGUGCUGUUUGCCAGCAGCGGCUACUUCAAAAUGCUCCUUUCGCAGAGCUCCAAGGAGACGAGCCAGCCGACAAUUGCUAAUUUUGAGGUCUUCUCUCCAGAGACAUUUAUGGUUAUCCUGGACUUCGUCUAUUCAGGCGUAUUGUCUUUAACCGGUCAGAAUGUGAUCGAAGUAAUGUCGGCUGCUAGCUACCUGCAGAUGACCGAUAUUCUUAAUGUCUGCAAGACGUUCAUUAAGUCCUCGCUGGAUAUUAAUGAAAAGGAAAAGGAUCAUUACCUCAGCCUUUCGGCCAAAAGCACAAACAACGAGCCUGCCCGUCCAUCUAUCUAUCGGUCAAGAAGGAAAGCAAAGAGCAACCCAAGGCGCUCCUAUUCCAUCCCAGAUGAAAAGGCAAAUACAGUGAAUGAAAAUUCCUGGAGCAGUUACAGCUGCCUGUCCUCACAGGUGAUUCUUCAGCGGGCAGAAACGCAGCUGUCGAAGAGAGGGAGAAAACAGGGCUCGACGAGAAAGCGCCGAAAGCACCUCGGACUGUCACAGGCCCGUGAUUUUGAGCAGCACAAAUCGAGCAAAGCCGAGAGGGCCGGCGGAGGCUGCAGCGCGUCAGAGUCCAGCCACGUCUCUCGGGUUAGGGAGGAGGCUGAACUGGACGCUGAGAAUGACGUUGAUGAGGGUGAUUACGGAUAUAAUCGCGAAUCGGAAGUGAUACCAAAGAGGUGGCCAGAUGACCUACCUCGGAUGCGAUUCAAGUGCCCCUUCUGCACGCACACAGUGAAGCGACGCGCAGACCUGAAGCGACACCUCCGCUGCCACACAGGGGAGCGACCGUACCCUUGCGAAGCGUGUGGGAAAAGGUUCACCCGACUGGAGCAUUUACGGAACCACUUCCAAACGAUACAUCAAGCUGGCAAACUGAUCUGCAGAAAAUGCAAGCGUCACGUAACUGAAUUAACAGGAUGUGUUGUUCAGCAAGGAACAAGACGCUACAGACUGUGCCACAAGUGUCUAGCAGAAGCUAAUUUUGACAGCAUCCCUGACGAUUUAGAUGCAGAACACUCUCCUGUCUCCUCCUCGGGAAACAAACAUUCCAAAUGGGCUUUGGAGGAGGAACAGAAAUCAGAUGAAGAGACAAUGGAGGAGGAACCGUAUAAUUUGGUUGUCCGACACGUUAAAGAUGAUGUUCCAGAUGAGGCAGAUGAAAAGGUGAAACCAAAUCUGAGGUAG